CCAAAAUUUAAACAAAAUAAAAUGAAAACUCUACAACUGCUAUGGUAACAUCCUAUCACCAUUUUUACCUCAUUAUAUCUUCAUCAUUAUAACUCAUCAUUCAUGCCUUUUUUUUCUCUAUAUAAACAAGAGGUUGUCAUUCACUUAAGUUAUAUUGUCAUCUUUCAAAAGCCAAAAAACAGUAAGAAAACAACAUACAUUAUUCAAAAAUGGCGAAAAUUCCAAUCAAAUUCAAGAGGGUAGCAGCAGCUUUUGAUGAGGCAGCCAAAUGGCGACGACCGUGCGAUGGCAGCAGCAGCGGCAGCGAGUAUUGGCCCGAGAGUGAGGCCGAUCUCUCGGAUCUUGUGAACUCGUUUAUCGAGAAAGGAGAUUAUGCAUGGGUGGAUCAUAAUUUUGAUAUAGACGACGUUAAUGAUACUAAUAUAGACGAUGCAAAUUGGGUAUCUGAUAAUGAUGAGACGAUCGACGAAAAUUAUAUAGAAAAGGUUGAGUUGUUACAAGGGCUUUUGUUAGAGUGUACAAGUAGUAAACAUAAUGAUAAAUAUGGUACGAAAGAAAAGAUUUUGGAGGAGAUUAAUGUUGCCUUGAAAUUAUUUAGUAAUUGUCAUGGUGUUAAUGAUGCUUCAAGAAGUAACCUUAAACGUAAUUUGAUGGCUCAUCUUCGUGACAAGGGCUUCGAUGCUGGCCUUUGCAAGUCUCGAUGGGAGAAAACCGGUCGAUUUCCGGCUGGAACCUACGAAUACAUCGAUGUAAUAGCCGGGAAAAAUCGAUACAUCAUCGAGGUCUUAUUGGCCGGAGAAUUUGAGAUAGCACGUCCAACAAAGCGUUACAAUGCCAUACUAGAAAUGAUCCCUUCAAUAUUAAUUAUAGAAAAGCCUCAACUACUCAAACAAAUACUAAGACUUAUGAGUGUUGCAAUGAAGGACUCGUUAAAGACUGCAAGCAUGCAUGUUGCGCCUUGGAGGCGCAAUGGCUAUAUGCAAGCCAAGUACUUUAGCCCUUACAAGAGGACGACAAAUCGAGAGUCGAAUGCUAGGGAGGUCAAGAGGUUAGGAGAGCGAUUAGCCAAGAAAACAUCGAUGGUUGGUUUCGAAGCUGAUCAACUUCCUAGGAUGCCUUAUUAUUGUAGGGAUGAUGAUUUUGGUAGCAAGGUUAAUGGAGUAAGAGUUGGACUUCUAGCUGCUGUUCUUCAAGGAAAAUGACAUGAACUUGUAAACUAGGUAGAUGAUUUAUAAUUUUGUUUUUAGUUAGUAAACCAUUAAAAUUGGAUUUAGCUUCUUCAUUGCAACAACCUAUAAUGCAUGUACAUAUAUAUGCAUCCUAGAAGGCUCUUAGCUAGUCACAUAGGAUUUGAGUUUUUAAUCAAAGUGUAUGUAUAUCAUGUAUAAUAUUAGUGGCAAUUCAGUUUAUUUAAUUUUCUAAUAAAGAUGGCAAUUCAGCUUGUGUUUUGAGUA